ACUAGGGAAACAUUAUGGCUCCUGGGAGCACAUAACCUGGUGUUAUGGCAAUAGGUGUUCUAAAAACUAUAGUUCUGUCUUAACAGUACAAUUCAUGGUGUUGCUGAUAAAUCCCUAUGCUGUUUGGGACCUUGCUCUCUGACUGUCAUUUGCCUUGUUUCUGUCUCAUCACCGUUAAGAUUAGCUGGGAUGCUGUUAUUGUCAGUUCCUAGGAUGAUGUUUUCCAGGCCUGACAGAAGAGUUUUCUCAGUAAAGAGUACCCCUAUAUUUAGAAUUUGCUCCCUUUGGUGCUCCAUCACUGUUAGAGGUUGGUGAUCUUUGGGGCAUCAUUCAAAGCACAUUAAUUUUGUUUUGCUCUUGGGCAUCUCAGGGUUAGUAGCAAUGGUCAGUUAUGUACCACUUAGUGGGCUGCCCCUAUAAAACCUAUGUAAAACAGCACCUGGUUUCUAAAACUGUAGGUGCUAUAUGAAACGUAAAUCAGCAGAAGUAGAAGUCUAUAUAAUCUGAGUGCUGAGUUGCAUGUGUUUUGCCGUUCACCACCUUAUAACCUUUGUUUUUUUCAAUUUUGAGUCAUCAUGCCAACAUUGGUAUUGCACUGGCACUAAAUGGUGGGCAAAAUUGUUUUCCUGAGAGCAUCAGAAGAGCGUUUGUUGGUUGCAAAGAAUGGCUCAGCAGCAAGCACUGAGAUUUCGUGGCCCAGCUCCCCCACCAAACGCUGUCAUGAGGGGUCCACCACCUCUCAUGCGCCCACCUCCACCUUUCGGUAUGAUGAGAGGUCCACCUCCACCACCUCGUCCUCCCUUUGGACGUCCUCCAUUUGAUCCUAAUAUGCCUCCAAUGCCACCUCCAGGAGGGAUUCCUCCACCAAUGGGGCCUCCACAUCUACAGAGGCCACCAUUCAUGCCUCCUCCCAUGGGUAGCAUGCCACCGCCUCCUGGUAUGAUGUUUCCUCCAGGGAUGCCACCUGUCACUGCCCCGGGAACUCCAACCAUGCCACCCACUGAAGAGAUAUGGGUAGAAAACAAGACUCCAGAUGGCAAGGUCUAUUUCUAUAAUGCACGAACGCGUGAGUCUGCAUGGACCAAGCCAGAUGGGGUAAAGGUUAUUCAGCAAUCAGAACUGACACCAAUGCUUGCUGCACAAGCCCAGGCUCAGGCUCAGGCACAAGCCCAGGCUCAAGCCCAGGCUCAGGCGCAGGCACAAGCCCAGGCGCAGGCACAAGCCCAAGGGGCCUCCACACCAACAACCAGUAGUCCUGCAUCUUCAGCGUCUCCAUCAACAUCAUCAAGUACUCAGUCCUCCAUGACCUCUACUACAACCACAGCCACUUCAAUUUCACAGACCAUUUCCACACCGACAACACAAGACCAGACCACAAGUUCAGGUGUUUCAGUUGCUACAUCUUCAGUUAGUGUUUCAACCUCCACUCCUUCUGCUACACCUGUGCAGACUGUACCCCAGCAAGUCCCACAGACGUUGCCUCCUGCAGUUCCUCAUGCAGUACCUCAGCCAACAGCAACAAUUCCUGCUUUUCCACCCGUAAUGGUACCUCCAUUUCGUGUUCCCCUUCCUGGCAUGCCUAUUCCACUUCCAGGUGUAGCAAUGAUGCAAAUAGUCAGCUGCCCGUAUGUAAAGACAGUCGCUACCACCAAGACCGGUGUCUUGCCAGGAAUGGCUCCUCCUAUUGUACCUAUGAUCCAUCCUCAGGUUGCUAUUGCCGCUUCACCUGCUACUUUGGCUGGAGCAACAGCAGUCUCUGAAUGGACAGAGUACAAAACAGCAGAUGGGAAGACUUACUAUUAUAACAAUAGGACUUUGGAAUCAACAUGGGAAAGACCCCAAGAACUAAAAGAGAAAGGUACAGCAUUCGAUUUUAGAGUCCAGCCACAACUAGAAAAAGUAGAAGAGAAGAUUAAAGAGCCUAUUAAAGAACCUACAGAGGAGCCUUUGCCAAUGGAAACAGAAGAAGAGGAGCCCAAAGAAGAACCUAUAAAAUUGCUGAUAAAAGAGGCACUGAUUCGGGGAAACAUCCCAGUUCAGGAGCCAAAAGAGGAAGAAAUGACUGAAGAAGAAAAAGCAGCUCAGAAAGCAAAACCAGUUGCAACUACUCCUAUUCCUGGAACCCCAUGGUGUGUGGUAUGGACUGGUGAUGAGCGGGUUUUUUUCUACAACCCAACCACUCGUCUCUCUAUGUGGGACCGGCCAGAGGACUUAAUUGGAAGAGCUGAUGUGGACAAAAUUAUUCAGGAACCUCCUCACAAAAAAGGAAUGGAAGAAGGAAAGAAACAAAUUAAAGAAGAUCAUGAAUCAGCAGAGGAAACAAAUGAUGAUGAGCCUAUUAAAACAAAGAAGCGAAAGAAAGAUGACAACAAAGACAUUGAUUCAGACAAGGAGGCUGCCAUGGAAGCUGAAAUAAAAGCUGCACGUGAGAGGGCCAUUGUCCCUCUGGAGGCUCGAAUGAAACAGUUCAAGGAUAUGCUGCUAGAGAGAGGGGUUUCUGCCUUUUCAACCUGGGAGAAGGAGCUGCACAAGAUAGUUUUCGAUCCUCGGUACUUGCUUCUGAAUCCUAAAGAAAGGAAACAGGUAUUUGACCAGUAUGUGAAGACCAGAGCAGAAGAAGAGCGCAAGGAAAAGAAAAACAAAAUAAUGCAGGCCAAGGAGGAUUUCAAGAAAAUGAUGGAAGAAGCAAAGUUUAAUCCAAGAGCUACUUUUAGUGAAUUUGCAGCCAAGCAUGCUAAAGACUCGAGAUUCAAGGCAAUUGAAAAGAUGAAAGAUCGAGAGGCCUUGUUUAACGAGUUUAUCACAGCGGCAAGAAAGAAGGAGAAGGAAGAUUCGAAGACCAGAGGUGAGAAGAUUAAAAUGGACUUCUUUGAACUACUGUCUAAUCACCACUUGGACAGUCAGUCUCGCUGGAGCAAAGUGAAGGACAAAGUAGAGACUGACCCCCGUUACAAAGCAGUGGAUAGCUCUUCACAGAGGGAAGACCUUUUUAAACAAUACAUUGAAAAAAUAGCUAAGAAUUUAGACUCCGAAAAGGAAAAGGAGUUGGAAAGGCAGGCUCGCAUUGAGGCAAGUUUGCGUGAAAGAGAAAGGGAGGUUCAGAAAGCUCGUUCUGAGCAGACCAAGGAAAUCGAUCGAGAACGUGAACAGCACAAACGAGAAGAGGCUAUACAGAAUUUCAAAGCGCUUCUAUCUGAUAUGGUGAGAUCUUCAGAUGUGUCAUGGUCCGAUACUAGGAGGACGCUCCGAAAAGAUCAUCGGUGGGAAUCUGGCUCUCUGCUAGAAAGAGAAGAGAAAGAGAAGCUUUUUAAUGAACACAUUGAAGCACUUACCAAAAAGAAGAGGGAGCAUUUUAGGCAACUUCUGGAUGAAACUUCAGCGAUUACUUUAACAUCAACAUGGAAAGAAGUGAAAAAAAUCAUUAAAGAAGAUCCCAGGUGCAUUAAGUUCUCUUCCAGUGACAGGAAAAAACAAAGGGAGUUUGAAGAGUACAUCAGAGACAAAUACAUUACUGCCAAAGCUGACUUCAGAACGCUAUUGAAAGAGACCAAAUUUAUAACGUACAGAUCCAAAAAGUUGAUCCAAGAAUCCGACCAGCACCUGAAAGAUGUAGAAAAGAUUUUACAGAAUGACAAGCGUUAUCUGGUACUUGACUGUGUGCCAGAGGAGAGGCGCAAGCUCAUCGUAUCCUAUGUAGAUGACCUGGACCGCCGAGGUCCCCCUCCACCUCCCACAGCUUCAGAGCCUACAAGACGAACAACAAAAUAAUUAUGAAAUACUCUCACAAUGGGGUGUCUGUUAAUUCAAAAGCUUGCAUGAGCCAUCUGUCCGGUUUUUACAUCUACAUUACCGUGAACCUAUUGAAAACGAUGUGAGGAACAGAGGAAGCAGCAGCAUUUGUGAACAUAAAAUGGUCUCUGUGCAAAGAGAACACUUAAGAUAUUUAUGCUUUUCUUUGUGUGGCAUGACUGACAAAAAUCCCAACCAUGCAGGCUGUGUCUAGUAAUUUUAGAUCUCAGAACAAUGGAAUAUCUGUAUAUGAGGUGUGGAUGUCAGUGAUAUUUGGAGGCAUUCUUUUCAGCAGUGUUAUAUAUGCAAGUCUUAAGGAUGAUUGACAUUUGUGGUUUGAACUAAACUACACAAGUACCACAGAUUUCCUCCUAAUGGUUACCCAAGUUCAGCUGUUUUAACAGACAAAACACUGUCUCAAGUUAAACUAUUGCGUGCUGAAGGCAACAGUAAAAAAAAAAAUUAUCUUAAAUCUGAAAACAAAGGGUCUGAUUCUCAAUUCUGAUUUACAAGGGUGAAAGCAAAUAAAGUCUAUAGAGUGACAGUGAUGUGAGUGAAGAAUUAGGCCCACAGAGACCAAAUUAAACACCAUUCUGAAUUUGUUCACGGGUCUGCUUUAUUUCUCCCCCCGCCCCCCACCCACUUUGAAGUACAGGCAAAAUCAGGUUUCUUUUGCCCAAGUGAAGAUUUGUCUGAUAAUUUUUUGCUCAAAAUUGGAAACACAGUAAAUAACAAUGGUUCCCAGAACAGGACGGUUGUAUAAACAUAUUUUUAUUUACCAUAAAGUGAUCUUUACUGACUUCUGGAUUAGACUGUGGAUUUCCCUUCUGGGUAAUUCUUGUAAACUAUACUCCUGUUAUGAAUGUUAAACUUGUGUUUCUAAAGUUUAAUUUUGAAAUGUUGGGAUUGUUUAGUUUAUGUAUUUGAACUACAAUAAACCAACCCUUUUUAUAUAUGGA